GGUGAAUUCCAUUCCUCGUGCCGAUGCCGAGCGCGUAAGCUGGUGUGUGGUUGGUCGGUGCGCCCCUUUGGAUGUUUGCUAUUGACGCCAGUUCUAGUGCGAUUUUUACCAGCAAGAUUCGAUUUGUAUCUACGUCCACAUCCCUCAUAGGAUUAUUUUAGUUUAUAGACAACACUUUUCGGAGUGUCUCAGGUGGAACAGGAUCUAGUCAUUUUAGGUUAUAACAAAUACGUCACAAGAUGCGGCUGCACGUAUAUAUCCUCGCUGGCCUCAUCAUGCACGGGCUUGUAUCACUGACAAUGUCAGAAGACAUCGAUGUAGUGGAAGCAGUAGCCAACUCGGAUGAAAUCAACGAUUCGAUAGCUUCAGAUCGAGAAGAUAACGAUACGAAUUCAGAUCAACUAGCGCUUGAAUCCGAAGGUGAUAAACCGCCUUCGAAACACUCCUAUAAUGGUCCACCACCACCUCCACCGAGGAACAUCAACCGUGUUGGGACCCAUCAUGGUAUCCCGGUUCAUGGUAGUGGAAAACCAUUCAGUCAUAAACCUCCAAACUUUGAUCAUAAAUCAUACAACGGCCCACCACCACCUCCAUUACAUAAACCUCCCCCCUCUUCACAGCAAGCAAUGGAUAAAUAUGGUAGUGCUCCAGGUGGUGAUAUCUGGCCAGCUCCCAUACCUGACAUGCCGAAAAUUGUCUCCCUGGAUGUGAAAUGCGAGAAAAAUCUAAUGAAAGUCUACAUAGGUUUUGAUAAACCUUUCUAUGGUAUUGUUUUCAGUAAGGGACACUAUAGUAAUGUACACUGUGUACAUUUACCAGCUGGUUUGGGCAGGACUUCUGCACAUUUUGAAAUUGGUAUCCACGCUUGUGGUACCUCCGGAAAUACUGAGAAUGGUUUAUAUGGUUAUGGUGCGGAAAGUGGCAGUGGCACCUUCUUUGAAAACAUCAUUGUUAUUCAGUAUGAUCCACAAGUUCAGGAAGUGUGGGACCAGGCUAGGAAGUUGCGAUGCACGUGGCAUGACCAGUAUGAAAAGUCUGUGACAUUCCGGCCAUUCCCCGUGGAUAUGUUGGACGUGGUACGGACGGACUUUGCUGGUGAUAAUGUGGGUUGCUGGAUGCAGAUUCAAGUCGGGAAAGGACCAUGGGCAUCAGAAGUAUCUGGUCUUGUUAAAAUUGGUCAAACUAUGACUAUGGUCUUGGCUAUCAAGGACGACGACUCUAAAUUUGACAUGUUGGUCCGUAACUGUAUGGCCCAUGAUGGUAAACGGGCACCAAUUCAAUUGGUUGACCAGAAAGGUUGUGUAACUCGACCGAAAUUAAUGUCUAGGUUUACUAAGAUUAAAAACUUUGGAGCUUCCGCUUCAGUGCUCAGUUACGCCCACUUCCAGGCGUUUAAAUUCCCUGAUUCCAUGGAGGUACACUUCCAAUGUACAAUUCAGAUCUGCAGAUAUCAAUGCCCCGAUCAAUGCAGUGAUAAUACCGCACAGAUUGGUUUACACAGUGGUCUCUUGGAUGUUUCUUCUCAUCAAUCACCGGAUACGCAAUAUGCCCCACCUGCCUUACCACAUGAUGCCUUUUUACACGGAGGUGUUCCACGUGAUGAACGCAGGGUGCGAAGAGCAGUAGACCCCACGGAUCCAGAAAAAGAAGUUGGCGUUAAUCGUAUUAUCCGCGUUGUGUCAACUGGAGAUCUUACUUUUAGUUUGGAUGAGAAUAGCACGACGCCAACGCCACCUACAAUGGUAUUCCCUGCGAAAGAAGAACUCACCCAGGGUGGGCUUAUCUGCAUGACAACACCGGGUUUCGCGGCGACUUUGGUCGUCCUUCUCGCCAUACUUGUCGUUUCGUGUUUGAUGUCUGCCUUCCUCUGCGUGCGGCUGCGGCCGUUUGCCAACGACAAAACCGCUGGCUUCAAUCAUCCGCAUCACUCCAAGGAUAAGAAACUGACGAAGAGCAACUGCUUCUAUUCAUAGAACUAAAUAACAAUCAAACAAGCGUAUAACAUAGUAAUCUCGGCUACGUGCAUGAUCGAACGCCAUAUUCACUCGCGUGAUUGUUCAGUUUUUGACAGAAAGACUGCGCAAUCAUUGAGGUUAUAAAUUGCAACUUGUGUGUCACUUGAAAAGUAAACGAAAAACGCUUUGAUCAUGCAUCGUAUCCGCAAGUUCUUCAAUUUUUUGGAAGAAUUUAUAACAUAGUUAGUUAGGUUACCUAAUACUAAGCAAAAAUCACGUUUAUAGAUACAAACAAACGCUUAAACGACAACACAACAGUUUCAACAGUAACUAACUACUAGAUAAGUGCACUAUUCGCAGCCAAAUGGGUUGCCUAUCAGACAGAACAAGAAAGAAAACUGUAAAUAUAAGACUUCUAUGCAUAGAAUUAGUGCGUAAUGCGUAAAGCCUAAGUAAAGGAUUCUAAUCUAAUAAUUUUUACGUUUGGAAUUAUCAGUACGAUGUGGUUUCGGUCGGUUUUGGUUUUAAUUAUCGAAUUAAAUUAAUUGGUGCGACUUGAAUGCGUUGAAUUUAUUUAGCAGCGAUGAAAAUUAGAUUCGCGCAAUCAGUGAAUGCGCGUGACUAACUUAUUUAUUUAUUUAUUGCAAAUUUAUUUAUUUAUUUAUUUAUGCAUACACACAGUACGUAACAAAAUUAGUACCUGUAAAUGUUGUAGUUUGAAGAUGAAGAUAAAUGAAAAAAAAAAUGAUGAAAAAAACACAUACAGCAAUUGUUUUAUUAUUUUAUUAUAAAUUCUGAUUCUAUUUUUGUACAUUCAGUCAUAUAAUUAAAAAAAACAACUUUAA